AUGGAUCCAGAUAAUAGUGCGCUGCACCUCCAUGCCCUGCAGAGCCUGGAAGCUUCGGAUCGCGUACUUGCAAAGGUGAAUGGAGGCCUCGACGAAGUCCACCGAUACGACAUGAUCACCACUGACUGGCUGCAAGAGGUUCUUGGUGCGAGCACGCCCGGGGCCGAGAUCACGCAGUGGGAAAGGACAGGCGGACACAAGGGCAUGACCAGUCGGCAUUUCUUACAGGUGGAGUGGAACGAAGCAGGGACCACAGCAGAGCUCCCGACUUCGAUCUUCAUCAAGGCCACGCCCGACGAGGGUCUCUUGAGAGAAACGUUGUCCAUGCUCCACAUGGCCGAACUGGAAUCCAACAUCUACAACGUGUGCGGGAAAGAUCUGGCCGACCUCAUCCCCCGCUGCUACUAUGCGAAAGCAUACCCAGGUGGCCGCUUUAUCAUUCUGCUGGAAGACCUGGUGCAGCGGAACGUGGAGGUGCACUGGAUGGGCGACGACUGCUCGGUGGAAUACGCCAAAGCGGUCGCCGUGGCCCAAGGUAAGAUCCACGCCCGCUUCUGGAACAGCCCGCGGUUCGAGGGCGACGGGGACAUGGUCUGGGUGCGGCCCCGGACGCGACGAUUCGGCGAACAAUGGUUGCAACGGCAGUUCACCCAUGUUCGUGCCACGUUCCUCAAAAGUGACCUGGGCAAGGCCUGCCCUAUCUAUGUGCGGAACUUGAUUGAGAAUUGGGAAAAGAACUGCACUCGGUGUUAUGAGUACUGGGACAGGAAGCCGCCCACGUUGGUGCAUGGCGAUUCGCAUCUCGGCAACGUGCUGAAAUUCUCCGACGGCUCCGCCGGAUACUACGACUGGCAGUGUCUCUUCCGCGGGUAUGGCUUUCGUGACCUUGCCUACUUCCUCAUGUCGGCGCUCACGGUGGAGGACGUCAAGGCCCACGAAAAGGACAUCUUCGAUCUGUAUCUGACCACGCUCGAGGAGAAUGGUGUCACCACUGUCGACCCCGCCGAGGCAUGGCUGGACUAUAACCUCUUGCGCUUGGAGCGCCUGGAUUCCACCAUGACCUCGCUUUCCCUCGCCGGCGGCUAUGGCCACGCACGCCAUGCUCUGGAGCGCCAGCUACAAACCUUGACAUAUACCACCCAAGAGUACGACGUCGCGUCUUUGCUCGACAGCGUCGUCACGACCGGUUCCAUUCAGAAAGCAUAG